CCACAAGAUGGCGGCCACGGCCAAUCAGAGCAGCGGAUUGUAUGUCAGCAGCCAGCCGCAAUGUGUCUUCUUCCUCCUGGCCGACUUAACGUGGCUUAAACCACAGCGUCUCUGUAUGAAUUACAUCGCGCUAUGAUUACAGUGCCUAUUACAUGUGUACGGGAUCCUCCUGCAUCUAAAGCCACAUAGGGAGUUACGUGAUUGAGACGUGGGUGCUGCGCCUGGUGACAUCAGACGGAGACGUGGUUGUGUAUGAGUGGCUGCAGGAUACUGUGCUUGCGGCGGGUGUCGGCGGCGCUGGUCCCGAGGCUUCAGUGUUCAGGCCAAAGUGUAGAGAUGCCUAGUCCAAGAGUCACCAGAGCAGCCAACCCUAACAGUUCUAAUCCCAGUGGAAGAUUGGAGUUCAUGUCCCUUAUGACUAACAGGACAGGUGUUUCAGAGCCAACGUCAACUCGACUUCGAACAUCAGACAGUCCAGUUCACCGUAAGGACUCCAACUGCUCUACUUCAUCUCAACAGCAGCUUCCAGAGGAAGACUGCAUGAAAUUAAACCCAUCUUUUCUUGGAAUUGCACUGAGGUCACUGCUGGCUAUUGACCUUUGGUUGUCCAAGAAAAUGGGAGUAUGUGCAAGGAAUGGGUCUUCAUGGGGCAGUGCCCGUCCUAUGAUGAAGUUAGUGGAGAUCUCUGGCCAUGGCAUACCCUGGAUUUUUGGUACACUCUAUUGCCUGUACAAAAGUGAUAGCUCUGCUGGACGAGAGGUCGUACUUAACCUGCUGCUUGCGCUACUGCUGGAUAUCAUUCUUGUAGGGAUAGUGAAAGGAAUAGUGAAGCGGCGACGACCUACACAAAAUCGCAUGGACAUGUUCGCUACCUUCUCUGUGGACAAGUAUUCCUUCCCUUCAGGCCAUGCUACGAGAGCGGCAAUGGUGUCUCGGUUCAUGCUUAAUCACUUGGUACUGGCUGUGCCAGUCAGGAUCCUUGUGAUGCUUUGGGCUGUUGUGGUUAGUUUGUCCAGAGUCAUGCUGGGUAGACACAAUGUAACUGAUGUGCUGUUUGGAUUUUUCAUGGGGCACAUGCAAUAUAGUUUGGUUGAAUACCUGUGGCUGUCACCAACUACAUUACCUGCUCUAUUCAAUAUGUGAAGUAACAGGAGUUGGUAUUUUUUUGGGUGGCUUCACCUAAGCCUCAUUCUCAUUGCCAAUGGAUACAACUAGAUUGCCCACCACAUCUUGAAGCUUUUGGUACAUGGACCUCCAACUAUACCUCUGAGGGGUCAGACGCAUACAGCACUUAGGCAAAAAAAGUGACUGAUAUAAGAAGAGAUCAGUAGACUGCACUAGCUGUACAAGCAUUGCACUCCAAAUCCAGCAUUUUUUCUGCUGCAGUGUUGGUCUAUGAGCCAUGGACAUCACACAUUUUUGCAGAAAAAUCCAAGUGUUGAAGAGGGAAGUAUAAAAUAUAAAUUGUUCUACUUUUUCUUCAGCUGAUAGUUUUUGGUAAAUUAUUUUGUAUUUGAUAAAAACAGUAUGUUUUGA